UCUCCUUUCAGUCGAAGGGAGGAGAGCGAGACAAUUCGCAGCACCUCCAUUCAUGUAGUGAUGCAACUGUAGUAGUAGGGUUUCAUAUAUUGCAUAUUUCUCGAAUUCCUUCAUCUGAGAGCGUAGCGAACCUUUAGACACUCGGGACAGGUCUGUCGGCGCACCUACCGCAGCAAAUAAUUCACGAACUGAAGAAGACUGACUGUAGCGGAGUUGAAGGGCUACGUAAGAGCGAGCAGUCGACAGUUUCAUUAGCGGCGUUUGCAGAGAAGUAAAGCGUGACAACAUCCUCCGCGGGGUAAAACGACGACUGGGUUACAUUAUGUUAUGAGCAUCGACACUUUGACCUGUGAGAGAGAGGAGAGCCCUUCUAUAAUGGCCCAUAGGAUAAGCAGUAAAAAAACAACUGAGGAGCAUCUGUUUGUGGAUCCAGUCCAUGUCAACCUUCAGAGCAAUCAGAUAUCUUCCCACUAACACAUCUGACUUCUGCUGAGGUAGUCACCUGGAAUGCAUUUCAAUUAACAGAUCCCAGUGAGAGUGUCUCCAUCAUGAGGCUGGUGUGGAAGUCCCUGGACAAGAUGAGGUGUUUCCGUAAACGCUCCACCAUCCCCUUCCUGGGGGUCCUAAUCACCUGUCUACUCUUCCUCAACCUGUACAUGGAGGAUGGAUACGUCCUGGAGGAGGAUAAAAGACCGCUGAGAGAGACAUCAAUGCAUCCUUCAAACUCUGAGAGAUAUGUUCACACCUUCAGAGACCUCACUAAUUUCUCUGGAACCAUAAACGUCACAUAUCGUUACCUCGCUGGGAACCCACUGCCCCGAAAGAAAUAUCUAACCAUUGGGUUGUCAUCUGUGAAAAGAAAAAGAGGAAAUUACCUCAUGGAGACGAUCAAAUCCAUUUUUGACCAGUCCAGUUAUGAGGAGCUGAAAGAGAUUGUGGUGGUGGUCCACCUGGCGGACUUUGACCUGGCCUGGUGUGAAAACCUGGUGCAGGACAUCUCCAGGAAGUUUGCCCACCACAUCAUUGCUGGGCGUCUCCUGGUGAUCCAUGCCCCUGAGGAGUACUAUCCAUCACUGGUUGGGCUAAAAAGGAACUACAAUGACCCAGAGGACAGGGUACGCUUCCGCUCCAAGCAGAACGUGGACUAUGCCUUCCUCCUCAAUUUCUGCACCAACCUUUCUGAUUUCUACAUGAUGCUGGAGGACGAUGUGCGCUGCUCACGGAACUUUCUGACAUCCCUGAAGAAGGUGGUCACCUCCAGGGAAGGCUCCUACUGGGUGAUGCUGGAGUUCUCCAAGCUUGGCUACAUAGGGAAGCUCUACCACUCAAGAGACCUGCCACGCCUGGCCCACUUCCUGCUCAUGUUCUACCAGGAAAUGCCCUGUGACUGGCUCCUCAUUCACUUCCGGGAUCUGCUGGCCCAGAAAGACGUGAUCCGCUUCAAGCCCUCCUUGUUCCAGCACAUGGGCUACUACUCCUCAUAUAAGGGGGCAGAGAACAAGUUGAAGGAUGAUGACUUUGAAGAAGACUCCAUUGAUAUCCCUGACAACCCUCCUGCCAGCCUGUACACAAACAUUAAUGUAUUUGAAAAUUAUGACGCCACCAAGGCUUACAGCAGUGUGGACGAAUACUUUUGGGGGAAACCCCCUUCUACCGGAGACUUCUUUGUCAUAGUCUUUAACAAAUCAACUAAAAUAAGCAAAAUCAAAAUCGUGACAGGAACGGACGAUCGUCAGAACGAUAUCCUGCACCAUGGAGCUCUGGAAGUAGGAGAGAAGCUGGUGGGGACAAAGAGAGGAAGGCAGUGUUCUUCCUACAUCACUUUAGGGGAGUUUAAAUAUGGCAACAUUGAGGUUCAAGACGUGGACCACAAGAUUGCCUUUGACAUUGAGUGUGUCCGUAUUGUGGUGACUGCCAGUCAGAAAGAAUGGCUGAUUAUUAGGAGUAUAAGCUUGUGGACUACACAACCUCCCAGUCAAUGAGGGCAAUACAAAAACAGUUGGUUUAGACAACAGUUAGUUUAGCAAUUCAUUUGACAAUAUAUUUAUUUAUGUACUUAUUAAUGUAUUUAUUUAUACAUUUUGACAUUUAUUUUAUAAUUUAUUUCCACAUUUAUUUAUUUCAUUUUAUAGUAUACUGUAUGUAUUCAUUUAUUUUUUGAUCUAGAUUUUUUAUAUUUGAAGGUACCUUUAUUGAAUUCUACAGUUAUGGAAAUCAUCACAAUCCAUGUUUUUAAGGAUUGUCUGACUGACCUCUUUUAUGGGUGUGAGUUUAUAGGAAUGAUCUGUUGGUUAUUUCACUCAUCAUGUUAUUUAUUUUUCUUUACAUUUUUCUCAGUGUCUUUCCACAUCGAAAGCAGCCUCUGGGUCCUCUGGUCUUGAACAGUGUUGCUUAAUAAAUAACACCCCUGCAGACAAUUUUAGCCCUAGGAACAUAUCAUUGCUCCAAAUGUUCUUGCUAUCAGUAAAUAACUCCAUUCACCCCUUUCCAAAGUUAUUAUUUACAUGUUACCUUAUAAGCAUUAUGAUGGUAAUUAUUUCCACAAAUAUCCAUUUUGUCAGGGCUUUACUUUCAUAAGUGCUCCUUCAAUCCCUCCUAUCUAGGCUGGCGUUGUGUUGAAGUGUUGGAGCGAGCUGUGCUAUUUCCCUGGCACUGUAUGUUCCAUCAGAACCACUGACGGGAGAACAAUGUUUAUUUUCACCCAUCUUCUCUAACAGCUCAGAUCGGAUCGUGAAAAAUGGGGUGGUCCUGAUCUUUCCCUUUUUUCCACCACAGUACUAUUUUACCCCAGUAAAUUGGUUUGUGUUUGGCACUCUCUCUGCUCUACACCAGCAAACAACAACCCCCCUGGAGCUCUCAAGUAAAUUCUCUCUUUCCCCAAUGUUGUGUUCUCAGCCGCUAACGUAUCUUCUCUUAGAAUGUUUCUGUAAUAUAUAAACAAAUACACUUUACUCUGUGUAGUACCCAUGGGCCAUGGUAUACUAUGUACUGUGUUUUGGUACAGUACAUACAAUUAUAUCCCCAGCUACUUUAUCAUAAUACCUCUGUCAAGAACUUAACGCCACCGGCUGUAAAAUGUUCAGUAAUGUCAAUUAAUAAAAUAUACCCUGUAAUUUUGAAAAACAUUACAUAUAAAGUAAAUUCUCAAAUGAGAUAAGGACUACUGUCAUAACAAUUCAGAAAAGAUUUUGAAGAAUCACCUUGUCCUCUCCUUUUUCAUACAAUGUUGUUCUGUUAGCAAGUGUAGCUUUGUGACAAAUAUCUUUCCAUAAUCAAGACCAUCAACACUUUCAACAAAUCUUUGCAAUUCAAUAAAAUGAUAAAUGUUUGCAUACAUGAUACCAAAAUUCUGUUGAAAUAACAAAGGAGGAGGUGGAGGCAUGGUUCAAAAACCUACAGCAGUUUUUUUUCUUCACAAAAUGCCUUGUUAUGGUAUCUGUGCUAUUUAAAUCAAUAACAUUCAUUUCUAAAGCCCAUUUUACAUCAGCAGUUGUCACGAAGUGCUUAUACAGAAACCCAGCUUAAAACCCCAAAGAGCAAGUAAUGC